AUGGUACACAGUGACAAGGAUUCCGGAGAUUCUGGCAUCCAUUCUCCUGAUAAUCUAUCGUCUUCUCCCCGUAAAAGUUCGCCGUCAAAUUCAUCACGCAUUACUGGCUCACCGAAAGAUUUGUCACAAUUACUGCUGCAGGAGCUAGCAUGCAUGAACGUUGGAGAACUCAAAUAUAGUGGUAGUGCAGUACUACGUCGAGUGCACCAUCCAGGUAACCGUAAACUUGACCGUGACGAAAACCGUGCAAUCUUCUGGAAAGUAGUUGCCGAUCACCCAUCAAUUUUCGCUAACAAAUUUGCCGUCGCAUUCGCAUGGCGCUCAUCAGCUCUAUACACCAUAUCGCUUGGAAUUCCCUAA